AUGAACGAAUAUAGAUGUCCUAGCAGAGAAGACUGGGUUAUACUUGCAUAUAUAUUUAGUUUAGAAAAAAGCCUAAUGAUCAAAUCAACAUCCGUCGAACUGUGUCUCUACGAAGAUGCCUCAUCUAUGGAGUUGUACAAGAAAUCGGUAAAUGCAGAUGGUUUCUAUCGUUACCCAAAUGAACGAGAAGUCAGUAUUUUUAAGAAAAUCUACUCAGACUCACAACAAGCAAUUGAAUCGUUGGAUAUCGUUGAUGCAUCAGUUGAUGAGGAUGAUGGCGAUGAUGACGAGCGGACGCCGACGACGUUUUAG